UAAAAUGUAAACACUUCUGGUGUGCCUUGUCAUCUCCUCCCCCCAAAAAAUCCUGUGGCCCCAGCCUGAUCAACCAUGGCCCAGACAAAUUGGUAACAAAAAUCUGUCACACUGUCAACUUGAGGGAUGCUAUUUUCUGGAUGCGUGUUUCUGCAGUCCGGCCCGGGCUAUACUCACAUUCUAUAAGAGGGUAUUCUUUCUUUGUGUCCUGUCUGCCCACAGGAGUGGCAAGUUGCUGGGCUGACACCAAUGUUAUUUUUCUUAGCUGGGGGCAAAUUUGGCUGCGGAGUAGAGGCCAGGACCUACUUUGCAGGUCCUACUUCAGCUCCUUGAAGCAUUGGUGAUGAUGUCUGAGCCUGAUCCCUAGGCCCCUCAGGCUUCCCAUGGUCUGGGGGCUGGACUGAUUAUUUUGGAGAAUGUUUGGUGGAUGUUACCGUUUUGAGGUUGGCCUCCCUGGUCUCUCUCAGGACGGUCCUGCACAGAUUUGAACCUGUAGCGAUUUCUGUUUCUAGCGACCCUUUGGCUGCUAGACAGUUCUCCAUUAACCGUACUGCAUCUGACAAGGUCCUAGCAUGGUGCCAUAAUACUCACACUCUGCCUUUUGCUGGCAAUAUCCUUAUAAAUGUUCAGUCACAAUUGACUUAGCAACCUGGGCCCUGGACUGUUCUUCUGGGUGGAGUCCCUUCCAAUGGUGUUCCUUCAAACAUUAGGCUACUAUGCAGGGUCUGACCCCCUUCGGAUAGGUUUUGAAUCUAAAUCUUUGAGGGUGGGUUGCCUCAGAAGUGUCCAAAUAGUCCAAAAUGGUGGACUUGACUUAUUUAUAGUCCUUAGCCUGCUCUGAGUCCAGGUUAUGGUUGGUCGCCUGGGUCAGUUCCAUCGAGUAUGGAGCCAAAAUCAAAGCCCACUGCUCAGGAGGCUACUGGGAGGCUAAGCCUACCCUCUUGGUGGUAAAAAGAUUUCAGGAUCAUUGUCCAGCCCCAUAUUGGUUAGCUUCACGGGCAUUGGUGGGGGACUCACCUUGGUGGAAGUGUGCCCCACAAGGACUCCUGGAGAGCGUAAGAUUGGCACUAUGUUGUAUCAUCUCCUCGUGGAACUCCUGCUGCUGGGUCUUCAGCUCCCUCAGCAGCUUUUGCUGCCACAUCGUUUGGAGUUGCUGCUGGAUGAUCCACUGCUGCAGCAAUUGCUCCCGGAGCCGCUGUUGCAGAGCUGCUUGCAGCUCCUGCAUCUCAGCUAACCACUUACAGCACUGUUGGGUUCCAUCCUGCUCAGAGCUGCUGAGCUCUAGCCCCAUCUCUGUGUUUUUGUUUUCCUUAUAUCAGGCAUAAAUUGCCUGCAUUGUCCAUCACUUGUGGCGGGUAGGGGGCCUGGAGUCCCUAUCAGACUGUGGUUUAAGUUGGUUCCUUUCUGACACUGAGGUCAGGUCUACCCAGGGCCGGCUCCAGGCACCAGUGCAGCAAGCAGGUGCUUGGGGUGGCCAAGGGGAAGGGGCGGCACGUCCGGCAAUUCGGCGGCAGGUCCCUUGGUCCCUCUCAGAGGGAAGAACCUGCCGCUGAAGAAAAAAGUGGCUCAGUGGAGCUGCCGCCGAAGUGCUGCCGAUCACGAUCACUGCUUUUUUUUCUUUUUUUCCCCCCGCCCCGUUGCUUGGGGCAGCAAAACCCUGGAGCCAACCUUGGGUCUACACUACCACUUAUUUUGGUAUAACUUACAUCGCUCUGGGGUGCGAAUAAGCCACCUCCCUGAGCAAUGUAAGUUACAUCAACCUAAGCAUUGGUGUGGACAGCGCUAUAUCGGUGGGAGAGCUUCUCCCACUGACUUAGCUACCUCUGCUUGCGGAGGUGGAUUUAUUCUGCAGAUGGGAGAGCUCUCGGCAGUGGUGCAGCUGCACCGAUGUAGCACUUUUAGUGUAGAGUAACCCUGAGUUCUUCCCCUGCUUGGGCUAGCCUAAACAAGAGUGUCUCCCAGAACAGAGAGUUCCUUUCCCCUCUCUGAGGGCAGGGAGGAACAAGGUAAAGAGAGGAAGGGUGGGGGAAAAGGUGCUCAGUUUCUCGGUCUGUCUCUCCCUCACCCCUUUGGGUUCUGGUUUGUCUGUAGGCUUUUUAUUGUCCUGAUCAGGAUUGGAGUCGCUCCUUAGACUUUCCCUUUUUUGGUAACACCUGGUCCAUUCCUGGUCCAAGCAGUCUCAGGGAUUUCUGGCUCAGUGCCUAUUUCCUUUGCUGAUCUAGCCCUGUAAUCGGGUGCCUGAGGCACGGCAGUCUUCUCCUGUAACCACCCCUGUGUGUGGCAGGCCUUCCCUUUUUAAGCUUCUUCCCUUCAAGCAGAGCAAGCAUUUCAGGUGUGUCUAGUUAGGGAUCACCAAGCUCAUUAGCUUCCGCCUUAAUAGGGUGUGGAUGCGCCCCCUCACAGAGAGGAAAAACAUCCACAGAUUUCUUUUAAUGCUGGUGAAAGGUGGUGAAAGGUGAAGAUCUGGAGACCGUCUUCCCAAAGCACAGCCAACUAAAAGAAGCUACUGGUUACUGUACAUCAAACUGCUCUGAGACUCCAGCAAGGGAUGACCGUCUGGGACAGAUUGUAAACCUCUCUCUGCUUUGUUCAAAAUCAACCAACCAGAGGUGAGCUCUGUUGACUGUGGGAUUGGGACGGACCCACAAGGAAACCUUAACUUCUGAAUGCCCACCCCUGCCCUGAAAUUGUAGAGGCCAUGGGAAAAGCCAAGAAAGAAGAGGAGGCUGUUUUUCUAAGGAAAAAGAUCACUUUGCUGAGGGCUUUUUCACUCCUUAUUGGCAGCAUGGUGGGCAGUGGCAUCUUUAUCUCUCCAAAAGGGGUGUUGAAAAAUUCCGGCAACGUGGGUGUCUCCUUAAUCGUUUGGUUUGCCUGCGGGAUUCUCUCUCUAUUUGGUGCCUUGAGCUAUGCAGAACUUGGAACAAGAAUCACAAAGUCUGGAGGACAUUAUAUCUAUGUACUGGAGACACUGGGGCCUUUGCCAAGUUUCUUGUAUCUGUGGGCUGAGUACUUUGCUAUCAGGCCAGCCAAUAGUGCAGUGAUUUCUCUGGCAUUUGGAAACUACAUAUUGGAACCAUUUUUUGCGCCCUGUGCAGCCCCACUUCCUGCUGUGAAGCUUGUCGCUCUCUUGGGUUUCUACACAGUCCUCAUCCUGAACUCUUGGAGUGUCAGCUGGAGUGCCAGGCUUCAGAAUGUCCUAUCUGUCAUCAAACUCCUGGCUCUCGCACUCAUCAUUGUGCCAGGGAUGAUGCUUCUGGCCCAAGGCCACACUGAAAAUUUCCAGGAUGCUUUCAGUAGUCAAUCGCUGGCUUUGGACAAACUGCCCUUGGCUUUUUAUGCUGGGAUGUUUGCAUAUUCAGGCUGGUUUCAAACUAGCUUUGUGCGAGAAGAACUGGUCCGACCUGAACGAAAUAACCCACUGGCUGUGAUAGUGUCUGUGGUCACUGUAAUUGUGGGGUACAUGCUCACCAACGUUUCCUAUUAUACAGUCUUGACAGCAGAGGAUGUGCUGGCUUCCCAGGCUGUGGCUGUGAGUUUUGCACAAAAAGCUUUCCAAAGACUUGUCUCCGUGAUUCCCAUCCUGGUUGCCCUGUCCUGCUUUGGAACCAUGAAUGGGGGGAUCUUUACGUUUUCAAGGACUCUAUUUGUGGCUUCAAGGGAGGGUCAAUGGCCUCCUCUCUUCUCCAUGAUCCACAUCCGAAGGCACACUCCCCUUCCAGCCGUCAUGUUAAUGUUGCCAUUGGUUACCGCUAUGGUGUGCGUUGGAGACAUCUACCACCUUCUGAAUUUCUUCAGCUUUUCCCGAUGGCUCUUCAUAGGAUUAGCCACACUGGGACUCAUCAUCCAUCGUUACCGUCAUCCAGAGCUGCCCAGGCCAUUCAAGGUUCCCCUCUUCAUUCCUGUCUCCUUCACCGUCAUCUGCCUCUUCGCGGUGGGAAUGUCUUUCUACUCAGACCCAGUGUAUGUCAGCAUUGGCUGUGCCAUGGUUUUAAGUGGUUUUCCAGUCUACUUCUUGGUGAUCCGCAGGCCAAUACCUGAAUAUUGCCGUACCACAAUCUAUUAUCUUACAUUCAAACUUCAGGUACUGCUGGAAGUAGUCAGACAGGAAAUCAGGACUUAUUGAAGACCGCAUCUUAAUGGAGAAGAAAACAUAGUGGCUUGUCCAAUGAAAGCCACUAGUCCCAUUUCUGAGCCUUUUGUCCUGCUAAGAGACCAGGAGGCACUCUUAAUUUUGCAGUGAGUGCGGUGCAACUAGAGAUGUGCAGAACAAAUAACUUAGGUCCAAACACCUCCAAGCUUUGAUACUCUGGAUCUGAAUCAGAAUUUUGCAUCCACUUCUAUCUUUCUAAACCCAAACUUCACAUCUGAACAGCUGACUUUUGGAGGUGUUCAAAAUCAGGAUUCAAAUUUUGUAGGUUGGUUCAUCUCUCAGUGACACACAUGAUUUUCGACUUCCUAGACCUUGAGGAAAGACAAGGAGAAGAAGAGUGCCUAUUUCACAAUCCAAAUAUUUAAAUUGACAGCUAUGGAAAACAAGUUCAGCUUUCAGAUGGAAGGUUAUGGAAAUCUGAAAUGAUGUGCUGAAGAUGGUCAAAUGCUUUUAAGGUAAAAUUGGAGAGUGGGAAAAUCAAUAAGAGAACUACUUAAGAGAAGCAGAGUGGUAGGUGAACUCCCAUUCUCCUUCCAUUGGAAAAAAUAAUCUUUGGGACUUAGAGUUCAGUUCUACUUUGAAAAAUGACUCAAAACUGCCUUAUGUCUCAGUGAUUUCCCAAUUAAAUUUGCUUGGUUUACAAGAACAAAACCUAUUCAUUUUUUGAUGUACCAGCCCUGCCCAAAAUCUGAAAGUCUACCUUUUUUCUCCUUCUUAAGCAUCAUUAGUAGUAAAGAUUCUCCAGGCUAAAUUCUGACCUCACAUCUGUGCAGUCCCACAAAAAUGGGGUUGCACAGGUAUAAUCAAGUAGCAUAGUAGAAUUUGGCUCUGCAAAGGUUUAGUUAACAAUUCCUGUAGAUGAUGCAUGAGUUAAACUAGAAUACACGUCAUUUUCUCGGAGUUCUUCACAGCCAAUGCACAUAAGAGGAGUAAAUACUAGAUCUUUUUUCUCUAAAGCCAGCACCCAUGACCCUGAAUUCACACAGGGAGAAGGUCUGAAUAAGAAGGUGCAAUUUUUAUCUAGUCACUUUCAGGGCAUAACUGCAUCUUAAAGGAAUCUCAACCAGAAGUCAUUGGUGAGUUGAGAGCAGGGAUUUUAAUAAACAUAUCCUUCAAUGCAGUAAGAAUGCACAGAUAUUAAGGUCUUGAUUCAGCAAAGCACUUAAGCAUGUGCUUUAAUUGUAAGCACAUGCUCCGAUGCUUUGCUGAAUCGGGACCUACAUGUUCGUUUGAACAAAGUUUCUGUUAAGUUAAUAUUGUUGGUUUACAGUGUAAUAUUGAUGUUGCAAAAUUCUGUCCAGAUGACACAAUAAUCAGUUAUUUACAACAACUUUUAAAAGUGUGACUCAGAUUUUAAAAGAUGAGAAUCACUAUAUCAGGAAUUGUCCAUUUAGCCAGAACGCGAAGCAUUUUAAGUACUUCAUGUUAAGCCUCUAAAUAUUUAGAUCAAAACCAAAGCAGCAUUUACGGAAUUGUAAUAUAAUCAAUCAAAACCCUAUUCAAUGUACUAUCAAGCCUUUUUCAAAUAAAGUUUUCAGAUGUGAUGGAGAGUCAUUCCUU